GCUUUUUAAGCCUUCCUAUUGAUAGAAACUAAAAUUUCUAAUUUCAAAUAAUAUUAAUUAUUUUCGUGCUUGGACUUGCGCUUAGGCACUGAAAAGCAACAACUUCCAAUGGAUUUUGUGGCAGAUUGGAUGUGUAAACGCUGCCACUGAGCACGACGCUUAAGUCCAUAAAAUGAACCGAAGUGCGUGAAUAGCACCCAUCCAAUCCUUCCAGGAGGAUUGGAUCAGCCGUGAUGUUUAGGUCAUGUCAGAGACUUGCAGCAGCAAGGCGUGUGACAACAAACGAAGCUACGCCCAUUUGGGAGGGUUGCUGCCAGCUGCUAACGGGCUGUCAGCCGCUGUCUACAAGCCUGCUCCAUAAUAAUUUUGACUGCUCCGCGGAUCCUAUCUUGUGUAUCUGUGGGAUUUGGAAAUCGAAAGAAAAUAAAGCGUAACCUGAUUGAGAGCUUCACUAAUUUUAAAGACCAAUCAGUUGUCUGAAGUCCAGGAACUCCAGAGUCAAUUGCUCCCUGUCGCUUGAGAAACCAACCAAGCGGGGCGGCGACUUCGUGCGUAAAGUGAUCCAGAAGCAGAACUGUAGACUUUCCUGUUCAUCUAUUUAAGUAUUUGGAACAUUUUUUAGCGUUUUGGAGUUAGAAAAUUGCAGAGGUGCUCAGGUGUUGCUUUUGUUUUCCCAUUCUGUUGACUGUUAUAAGCGUUACUGUAUUUAUGCAAACGAUUUUAUUUUUCGGAAAAUGGCUCUCUCAGGAGUGCACCAGAUAAUCACGAAAUACAGAAACCGUACGAGCGAUGAGCUCAACCAGUGCCUGAUAAAUCUGUGCCGACUCCUUUCUUCGUUUUCUACUAUUGACAAACAGACGGACGCAAUUGUCGUCUCCUUCCGAGAGCUGUACUUGAUAUUACUGACGAAUCGUUCAGACAAGAGAGUUCCUGAAAAUGUUAUCAUCCUUUGUUUGUCGGCUCUGCAAGACCUCAAAGCGAUUCAUCCACAGCUCCUGACAAUUGCCGUUGCCUGCUUAGCUGAAGUCAGUCCUUCGGAGACAGUUAAAAUCGAUGCAAAGUCGCUGGAAUCGCUCGAUGUCAGUCGCAUUCCAGUUUUUCUGCAUCUCUUGCGACAACAGGACCUGCCAGCUGAAUUCGGACGAUCAAACUGCGUUUUGUUGGCCAAAUAUUUAAACGAUGCAGUUACCGGGCCUGCAGCAAAACAGUCCGUUCUGGCGUUUUUCGUUAAUUUGUUUGCUGCGGAAGAUGAGAAAGUUUUAUAUGAAGAUUGCUACGAUUUGGUGUGCUGGUCGGUGGCGAAUUGGCUCAUCAAUGCAAGUACAUUCGAUGAAGCCCAGCACGAAAAAAGCAAACGCACCACCAAAUCGGUGGAGCUGUUGUCCGUUACGGAGUUGGAUGGCAGUACUCCGUCGGAGGCGUUCACCGUUCUUUGUUUGGCGCGCGCAUAUGCCGAGGAUCAGCAGAUGAGCAUCACGAGUUUUAUGCUCCUGUACGAAAUCCUGUUGACAUUACCUCUAAAAAACAUGAUGGAGGUGGUUCAGGAUGAAACUCUAGCGAUGCCUUUGGCAACUUUGCAAGGGCGUGUACGCUAUGUGUCUUUGGAAGAAGUGGCGUUCGAUUAUUGUUUGCGGUUGCUAAAGCAGUCUGAAGUUCGCCCCCUAAAGUCAUCGUACGAUUGCGAACUUCAGGAUGUGGUAUUAUCGGAAGCUGUUAGAAUUAUGGAUUUGUUGUGCUCGAGAGAUAAGAAGCUUGUGCGCAAGGCUUUCCGGAGUGUUCAAGACGUUAACGAUCGCGUCGUAAGGAAAAUCCAUAACAUGCAACUUCUGCUGAUAACCUUUCGUUUCAUGUUGAACCAUGGAGAUAGUGCCGAUUUCGAAUUGGAUAACUUGUGCCAUUUUAUGUGUUGCGACUUCCUGCCAGGCUCUGGAUUACUUGACAACAUUUUUGCCUCUGAAUUCAUUGCACUUUUGCGGGAUAACCGUUCCUUGGUUCGAAACCGCACGAAAAUGUUCUCGCGAUAUUUUCCUAGUUUAUUUAAAGUGCUAGCAUGGAAUCCUCGGGCCAACAUGCAUCUGUUUGUUGAACUCCUGGAAGUUAUUACUACUAGCACAACUUAUUUGGAGAUUUUCCAUAUGCUGAUUGAUCUCCCAUGUACAUCUGCGGCGUUGGAAGUAGCUUUGUGUGGAGAAUCUAGUUUCUUCACGUCCAUCCGGCAGUUGGCUACAGAUAAAUACAAGGAUGCUAGGCUAAAAUUUUAUUUCGAAUUUUUCCUUCGCAAUGAGGGCGGACGAGGCGAAACACCCGAUCAUCUGACUGAAUUUCAUGCCGUCCUGUCAGAUGUUACAGCUCAUCCAAGGGUUGUUUACUGUUCGCAGGCGAUUUCGGCUUUGAUGAGUAUUUACUUUUCGACUUCAACUGUGACCAGACUGGACCGCUUGAAUUCCAAAAAGCUGGCUAUUGCGAUCCUGGAUCGUAUGCAUUCUCUUUACCCCAGCUUUACGGACCUAAUGCAGAUGCAAAUGGUCAUGGCUGAUGGAUUCUGCUCCAUCAUUGCUCGGAUGCCGAACCUACUGAUAGAGAUAUACGAAAAGGUCACAGAUUAUAUCCUGAAAAAUCACUUCAUGUAUGCCACAUUCUUGACAUCUCUGGUUUGGUGUAUUGGAGAACGGAUUGAUGGCCGAGUGGGGUUAGACAAUACUAUGGCUAUGAGCAAAUUUUAUGAUGUUGUGGAACUGUUGACGUACGACAUUAUUAAAACGCAAUCGAAAAGUCUUGUUCAUAAUCCACAAGCGUGGAGUAUGGAUCUAUUCCAAGCUUCGCUUAAUACUAUGACAAGGUUAGGAGCACUAAGCAAGGAUCUGACACGGAGGACUGUGAUAUGCCUUAAUAAUAUUUGCAAAAAAACGCGAGAGCAUCCAGAUCAGCAGCGUUUGCUGAUAAUCGAACAAAUUAAUUCGCUCAUCAAAUUGUUGGAGCUCCCUAGCGUUACGGAUAUUGUGAUGAAUUUGUCUAUUUCGCCAGAACCGGAAGUGCUGGAGGCCAUUAAAGGGCUCAAAAGUGUAGCCGACGAAUACCAAGAACUUUCGGCUGCACAGUCCCCUUAAUGUUUUUGUUAAUGCUUUAUUCAACCUUUAGUUAUGAUCAUGUGCUAUGUUAUUUCUUGACACGCUGUGAUAAGAAGAGGUAUUUUGCUGCUGGAGGUGAUUAGAAAUCCGGACUGGUUUUUCCUCUCCUGAUUUGCUCAACGAUGAUAACCAAUUUUAUAUUUUGCUAAUUUUUUAAAGAUAAAUUUUGUGAUUCCCGUGUGGUUGCUCAAAUGCAAAAAAUGGGGGUGCCUCUGAAUGGCUUUGAUCAAUUUGUCAUUUUCUUUAUUGUAGUUUGUACACAGAAAUAUUUAUGUGAAAAAUCGGGUUAUA